ACCAAUUCUCGGUUCCUUUUUUGUUCCAUUUGUCCCAUAGAUUCUUCUUCUUCUCUCAACUUUUUCCCUUAUUCACUCGCCACCAUCGCCAACUUUCCCUUCACCUUCUUUGUGCUCUCUCUCUCUCUCUCUCUCUCUCUCUCUCUCUCUCUCUCUCUCUCUCGUUUUUAGUGUUCUGAAAAAAUUCACAGAUGCCCAAAGGAGGAGGAGGCAUGAGUUCAGCCAAAGACCCGCGCCAAGCUGUCUGUACAUGCAUCACUAUCUUUCUCCUCCUAGUUGGUGUAACAGCGCUCACCCUUUGGCUAGUCUACCGCCCCCACAAGCCACAGUUCAAGGUAGUCGGCGCCGCCGUCUACGAGAUCAACGCCUCGGUACCCCCGCUCAUCUCCAUCACCAUGCAGUUCACCGUCGUCACGAGAAACCCCAACAGGCGCGUGUCCAUUUACUAUGACAAGCUUUCAGCUUUCGUAUCCUACAGAGACCAAGCCAUCACGCCCCAGGUGAUGCUGCCUCCGUUGUACCACGAGAAGCACAGCACCGUCGUAGUCUCGCCGUUGGUCGGCGGCGGGUCGGUUCCGGUGUCGGUGGAGGUGGCGAAUGGGUUGGUGGCGGAUGAGGCGUAUGGGGUGGUGGGAUUGAGGUUGGUUUUGUUGGGGAGGCUGAGGUGGAAGGCUGGGGCUAUAAGGACGGGGCACUAUGGGGUUUAUGUGAAAUGCGAUACCUUGGUGGGUUUGAAGCGAGACUUUGUGGGUCAGUUGCCUUUGCUCGGAUCUCCUGGAUGCAAAGUGGAUAUAUGAAGAUUAAUAUUGUAGUUGGUGCUUUUAAUUUUCUUUUUCUUUUUCUUUUUCUUUUUUGUUUCCCGGCCGUUCGGCCAUCAUAUAUAUAUAUAUGCAUGCAUGUUUUAAUUAGUUUGUUUAUUUUGUGAGCUUUCUUUGCCUUCAAAUCUGUAACCCUCUAAAGGCAGAUUAAAGAAAGUUCAGUCCCCGAUCGAGUGCAACAUUUUAUAUAGAAGCCAUAUAUGUAUGAAGCUU